GCCGAUAACAAAGACUGCCAGCGUGGUAGCAGUUCGUUUUUGAUCGCCACAGAGCCACCAGCGCAAUAUCAAGAGGAAUAUAUUCUCGACACCAACAGACACCUGCAGCCCAACGACACGAGGGACACCAAACUCAAACUUCCCGAGACAUCCAAGGCUGACCUGAAGUUUCCAAACCCGCGCUAAUAAACUUUCCGAGACAGCGUGCUUACUCAACUCGCCAACUGCCAAAUACAGAAGUUCGGCUCGGCAGCAGCCAAUUCAGGAAACACCUAACCAAUAUCAUGGAGGAACCAAUGAAGAGGAAAGUCAGAAACCGCCGCCUGUCAGAAGACGAGGAGAUGGGCAUGGGAUGGCGGGUCAUGUACAGCAUGGGCAUGCCCUUGCUUUACAUAUGUGCCGUCUUACUGGGCAUCGUCGCUAUCAUCUGCAAUGGCAUCGUCGCUAAAUACUGGUCGGACCUCAGUCCCCCCAUGUGCUACCUUUACUCAACGACGCCAUCUCAAUCACUACUGUUCUACAAAUUCGGAGGAUCCCUGUCCUCUUGCCAAUGGGUCACCUAUGGAGGCGUAACGAGUCUGAUUUUCCUUGUACUUGGCGGUAUCAUUUAUUUCGCGGCCGUAAGAGGGACAGGCAAACUAACACUCCCGCUCUUCAUUCUGGAGAUACUGUCUCUGCUCGGGACACUCCUGAUGCUAGCCGUGACCUGCACACUGACAGAAGGACUGAGGCAAACAUGUGUAUCUAUGGGUCUCAACCAACUUAACAUGAGGGGAGAAAACUGCCACUCUCUACUCAACUUAAGGGUCUCCAACUACAAUCUGUCAGUGAGCAGUUCUACCCUCAUCAGAGGAGCCUUGUUUACAUUCUGGCCUUGCACUGUGCUGAUGUUCAUCAUCACCAUCAUCCACCUAUGCUCGUGCUAUCGACGCUGCUAUCGAUAAUAAUUGAUAUGAAAGAGCCUAUGGGCUCUUACCUUGGAGUCACAAGGACAUGAAGUACACACUAUUAGAACUUAAGAUUCUUGACAAUACACAACAAAUUUUAUUUCAUAAUACCUCUCUGAAAUGGCAUUGCCAGCUGUAUAAGUUAAGUGAUCGUGCAUGUUACAGUUAUAUAUGGAUAUGCCGCCCUUGUGCAUAUUAAUGAGAAGUAAACAGAUAAAUGUGUCUAUCCUACGAAAGUUUGGUAGCGGUUAUCUUUAUGUGUACAUUAAAACAGUCUUCGGCCUGACCUCCUCUUGAUUUUACUUGCAGUUUUUCAGGUUUUCCGUGACACAGUACAUCUGACCUUUGUGUUACGACCCUUAAAUUGUCAGACAUUCUGCCUAGAUCCGGUUUUGUUCAAAUGUCCUUCAAAUCUCAUUUUAUCAAUAGUAUCUACCGUAUCAGUUUAAACUUCUAGAAACAGCAGAGUCAUUCCAAAAAGGGACAAAUCACUGCGCACAUAGCGAACGACUCGAUCAUCAGACUGAUAGAACUGAAUCCUCAACUCACACCUUAUCAACUUCGGCAACGAUAACACCAGAACAAUGGAGACGUAUUGAACAGAGUGGUCUGCCAGUCCCCACGAUGUUGACUCGCCCUAAAGACAAAAGACUGAAAAAUUCAUUGUUUAUGCGCAGUUGUUUUAUUCCACAUCGACUGAUUAAAUUUCAUAGCAGGUAAGAGGGGAAGGGGGGGGGGGCGGGGGGAGGGAGUGUAGGUAACUAAGGGGCUAGUGGGGUUGGGUAACGGUGACUAAAACUUAACGGAAGUCACUCGGUCCAGGAAUUACUGAUAUAAUACUGACGUUUAUGUCAAAAGAUACGCAGCGGAUCACGUGUCACAUCGAAGAGCUUUCGUAACAACAUUACCUUCGCAUUCAUUAUCACGUGAAAUCCGAGGCUUAACUUCCAGGUAAAUCGAUCAGGAUUUCUUUAUAGAAGUGGAUCAUUUAAAGUUUCCUUUCAUAUUUCAAGUUAUGCAAUUCCUUACAAAAAUAAUUAUUUCUCGUAAAAAAACGAAAUAUAAAAAAACUCCAGAAACUUUCCGGCUUCCCACUGAUUCUACAGCACAUGAAAAGUUUACUAUUUGCAGAUUAAAUAAAAAAAAGAGCUUUAAAUCAAAAACAGUACAACGGGCAGCUUAAAGAGCUUAUGCAGCCCUAUCCCAAUAUCAAUAAAAACUGGGGCCUUCUAGAACAAAAUUUUCGACCAAUCUGACUCUUACCACAUCAAAUUUUUUAUUCACUAACAGUGAUACACCAUUGCUAAGAUAAGUCUCUGACAACAUACCUGGCGUUCUUCCCGACUGUCACCUUAUCUGCCUUAACACCCGCUCUGCCCGGAGACUUAAGCUAUGUAUACAAAAUGUUUUACAAACUUCCCUUUCUCUCUCUCCGAUGUAAUUUCGUAUUAUAACAUAUUUAAUAGCAAGCGGCGGUUGCUGACCCAACUUGAGAAGAAACAAGAAAAAAAAAAAAAACAUAUGAUAAGGAUAACUAAUGCAACGGCAGGGGUUUUAUCGAUGGGCCGCGUGUUCAUGGUUAAAAGAUUUCUGGCUAAGA